AAUAGCUUUCCCUUAUAUGAAGCAACAGCAGAUCAAUGAGACUCUGCGGCCCUCUUACACACAAAAGUCCACCACUCCUAAAUCACAAUCCAAGUGCACAGAAUAUGGAAAAAAAAAUUUGAGACGGGAAGAGGCAGCCACUUUUCUAUAUUAAUUAAACAAUCUGCCAUUACGAUGUACACAAAGUUCCAUUUUCCCACACACCCUCUUUGGAGAAGUCCUAGUUUUAUGGAGCAAACAAGGCAAUAAAGUAUAGCAUAUGGCAAAAAUUAACUCCCGAGACUUCAGCAAUCUUAAAGAUCAGACAAAGCACUUGUCAGGUUCCAUAUCCUUUUUUCUUUCAUCAAGGGAAAAGGCUAUGUCUUAAUUGUGUGCAGAGAGAGAGAGAGAGAGAUUUAGAGCUUACUAUCUCUGAUUCUCUUUCAUAAGCAUAUCCUUGUUGUUCCAUAGAAUUCAAUCCAAAGAGCCAAACAUGGAGAUGGAGAUGUCUCAGGCAUCUAUCGAUUCUGACCAACGAAAAUUUGCUCUUCCGGUCGACUCUGAACACAAGGCAACUGAAUUCAGACUAUUUUCAGUGGCAGCACCUCACAUGCGGGCAUUUCAUCUGUCCUGGAUUUCCUUCUUUGCAUGUUUUGUGUCCACUUUUGCUGCUCCACCCCUCCUUCCCAUAAUUCGCGACAACCUCAAUCUCACGGCCACUGAUAUCGGAAAUGCAGGAAUUGCUGCAGUUUCUGGCGCAGUCUUUGCUCGAAUUGCCAUGGGGACUGCAUGUGACCUAUUUGGUCCUCGUCUCGCCUCUGCCUCUCUCAUCCUCAUCACCACACCUGCAGUUUACUGCAGUGCCAUCAUCAACUCUCCUGUCUCCUUCCUUCUCGUCCGCUUUUUUACAGGCUUCUCUAUUGCCACUUUUGUGUCCACCCAAUUCUGGAUGAGCUCCAUGUUCUCAGCUAACGUUGUUGGCACUGCCAAUGGUGUUUCAGGCGGCUGGGGCAACCUUGGUGGUGGUGCAACACAACUCAUCAUGCCCCUUGUGUUUUCCCUCAUCCGCAACAUUGGAGCAACUAAAUUCACUGCCUGGAGAAUUGCAUUCUUCAUCCCUGCCCUGUUCCAGACGUUAAGUGCAUAUGCUGUCUUCUUCUUGGGCCAAGACAUGCCAGAUGGGAACUUUUCACGACUCCAAAAAUCUGGAGACAAGCAUAAAGAUAAUUUCAACAAAAUUUUCCGUAAUGCAAUCACAAACUACAGAGGGUGGAUUUUGUUAUUGACUUAUGGGUACUGUUUUGGGGUUGAACUUACGGUGGACAACAUAAUUGCACAGUACUUUUAUGACAGAUUCAAUGUGAAUCUUCACACUGCAGGAAUUAUUGCAGCCAGUUUCGGAUUAGCAAAUAUAUUUUCAAGACCUGGAGGAGGAUUUCUCUCAGAUAUCGUGGCAAAGAGGUUUGGGAUGAGAGGUAGGUUGUGGACGUUGUGGAUUGUGCAGACCUUAGGAGGCCUCUUCUGCAUCCUGCUAGGGAAAGUUGGAUCUUUAAGUGCAUCUAUUUCUGUUAUGAUUGUGUUCUCUGUGUUUGUUCAAGCAGCUUGUGGCCUUACAUUUGGGGUUGUUCCUUUUGUUUCACGAAGAUCAUUAGGUAUAAUCUCUGGGAUGACGGGAGGUGGUGGAAAUGUAGGCGCUGUUUUAACUCAAGUAAUUUUCUUCAGAGGAUCGAGAUACUCAACAGAAACGGGUAUAACUCUCAUGGGUGUCAUGAUUAUUUGCUGCACCCUCCCACUAUUUUUCAUAUACUUCCCACAGUGGGGAGGCAUGUUUUGUGGCCCAUCAUCUGAAGGCACAACGGAAGAAAAUUAUUACAUGUCUGAGUGGAAUUCAACAGAAAAAGAUAGAGGUUUUCACCAGGCAAGCUUGAAAUUCGCUGACAACAGCAGAAGUGAAAGAGGCAAAAAGGUGGACUCUGCACCCUCACCCUCCAAUGGUAUUCUGCCUACAUAUGCCUGACAAUAGCAUCUGGCGUCUCUCUAAUAGGUGCAAUACAAUCUAUGAUAUGUUGACUGAUGAAUGCAUGUAUAAGUGUAACUAGUAUAUGUCUUUUCAUUUUUAAGUCUGCAUACAGAAGAGCAGUUGUGCCCAGGGAGUAAGAACAUGAGAAAACUUACUCUCUUUCAUGUUUUAUCUGCUCAAGUUCCCAGCUGAAAAAAGCCAUACAAGUU